UUGGUAUGAAUCGCUAGGUGACGCCCUUACUCCAUCAUUUUGAUUACUGAGAAACCAAGAUGGCUGCGCCCGUGUGUUCCACGGGGUGGAGACGAUAUUUGUUGUGGCUCGCUCACGAACAUCUGGAGUUCAGAAUACCAGAGAUCCAGUCCAUCGCCCAGGCAGUCGGAGCACCGCUGGAAAUCUGUGAUACAGACUAUGAUAUCAAGAACCAUCCUUUUGUAGAACUGAGGUUACCGUCUGAAGAAGAUGCCAGGAAAAUCAUCGGGAGAUCUUUUCUCUCAAGAUGUUUACUUGAGCUGUGGGGUACAGGACAGACUGCAGAGGAGCUACACAAAGUACUCAGGGACUAUCCUACUGAACUGUCUGCACCAUACAUGCGCCAAGACACAUCCUUCAGGUACCAGGUCGCUGCCUUCGGGAAGACUCUCACCAUGAGGAGGAAAAAGGACAUCAUUGAUGUGAGAAAAAUGUUUCCUCUUUCCUUCAGAGACUUCUUAGUCUGCUAA